AUGAAGGGAGAUCUGAAAUGGGGAAUUAUUUUGAGCCAAGCUAGUAGAAAUGGUGGAUCUUUGAAUUUGACACCUAGGGUAAGUGGAAAUACUGCUAGGAGGACUUAUAGCGGGUAUUCUGAGAGUACUUCAACUCAGUCUACACCAACUAAGAGUGUAAGUAAGCCUCCGAAUCUUGGAUCACAGAUCUCCUUGAUCCAUCAUCAAAAAAUUUUGCUUCUUCGUGAAGAUGUUCAGAAGGGUGUGUAUGUUGAGAAUCUUUCACAAUUUGAGGUUCAAACUGUAGGGGAUGUCUUAAGACUUUUAAUCCAGGGUUCCGCAAAUAGGAAAGUGGUUGCAACAAAUAUGAAUAGGGAGAGCAGUAGGUCUCAUAGUGUCUUUACAUGCAUAAUCAAGAGUAAGUGGGAGACAGAUUCAACAACCAACCAAAGAUUUGCUAGUCUAAAUCUUGUUGAUCUUGCUGGUUCAGAAAGGAAGAAACCAUCGGGCGCAGAAGGUGAGAGACUCAAAGAGGCUGCAAAUAUCAAUAAAUCUUUGUCAAAACUGGGCCAUGUAAUAAUGCUACUAGUUGAUAUUGCUAACGGGAAGCCAAAGCAUGUUCCUUACCGAGAUUCGAGGCUGACUUUUCUUCUUCAGGACUCCCUUGGUGGUAAUUCAAAAACUAUGAUAAUUGUAGCUUUUAGUUGCUCCAGCAAAUUACAGUAUGGACCAAGAAUCCAAGAUGCACCAAUUGCAGCUUCUAGUUGCUCCAACAAUUCACUCAAAGCAAAACUCAAAACUCCAAGCAAUAUAAUUUACUCAAAGAAAAACUCAAAAUUCAAAGCAAUUUACUCAAAGCAAAACUCAAAACUCAAAGCAAUUUACUCUCGCGAAGAAGAUGAUGGAAAGCCGGUGGAGGAACUAGAUUUUUGCUGUGUAAGGCUAUCAAUGUGUGCGGCUAUGACGGUGAAGGUGAAGAAACUAGGGUUUCUUCGACUGCCUUAA